AUGGCCCCUUUCUACUACUAUCCGCACUUCAUGCCGGGCUGCGAGGCAUGUUUCUCCUGCGCUGGCUGCGGAGGCUGCCGAAUCGUCAAGGCCAACGGCGAGGCCACGUUUGUGUGCCAGCCGUGCCGCGACACGAUCGCAAACAUCAUCUUCCUCGUCCCCGACGCUGCGGCCGCGACGGCCCUCGUCAGCAACGGCUUCUGUCAGUUCUGCUUCUCCAAGCCUUCGGCUGGAAUCUGCUGCGACGAGUGUGCCGUCAAGACCCCCGACGAGCUCGAGUUCGUCGCCCGCAAGGGCACGAUCCUCGUGCUUCUCGCAAACGCCCUCCAGCAGCCCGGUGCUCGCGAGCAGAUGCUCGAGCCCAUCAUGAACGCUGAGAACGGUGGCAUGAUCCCAAUGGUCGCUGACGCUGCUGUCAUGGGCGGCGGUGAGCAGCUUCACUUUGACCCUGCUUUGCCCGCUCCCGAGUGGCAGAACAUGCCUUUGCCUGAUGAUGUCGAGUUUGAAUUCUACCCCAACGAAGAUUUUCAGUUCGAAAACCAAGCAGAAUUCCCCGGCGCGGGUAUGAAUCUGCCCAAGCCAGAGCCUUUGGACGACAUCAACGCCGGCGGUCAUCCUGACAUGCCUAUCCCCAACCCUCCUGUCACCCAGUUUGCUCCUCAGAUCGUUGUACCCGCACCAGCUCAAAGCGGGGAAGCAAAGAGCAGCAUUAACACCACAUCUCCACCAACUGCCCGCCCGUCUCUCGCGGCUCGCGUCCUUGGUCUCGCUCCAGAGAGAGCUGAUUCGCCUCAUCCUCAGUGCGCUCAGCAGCCUUCUGGUCAUAGCAAGGCUAACGAGAAGAUCUUGGAAAACUAA